AAAACUGUAGGUGCUUAUUCAGUUUUAGGAACAUCCAUUUCGGAAACAUUCCUCAUUCUUAUGAUGACUUCAUAAAAAUCUUAAUGCGCUCACAUAACACCUAUUAUGGAACUUUGGACAUUUUCAUUAUGGAUAUUUCAUUUUCUUGGAACUACGCAAACCUUCCUAAGAAGCACUUAUUUCGUAAUAAACACCCGCUACAAGAAUGUUUUGCCAACAUCUGGGUUAAUAUCUACGGGAGGUCAAUGGUCACUCAGCGCUUGUGGAAUCCUGUGCGCUUCGAACGAUUUGUGUCAAACUAUUUUCUUCAAACCACUGGAAAAGAAAUGUUUCCUUUAUAUGUAUUCCAUCUGGAGGCAUACUCAAAGAAAACAAGAAAGCGGAGUUGAAAUGUACGAAAUCGCUUCAUCAUGUACUGAUUUUGGUUUCGUGCAUAAUCGGGCAGGUGGGAUCUGUUUCCAGAUUUUCUGGACUCAAAACAUCACGUCUACCUGGGCAAUCAUGUCGUGUAAACAACUUGGCGGAUCAUUGAUUUCCUUAGAUACAGACCAGAAAAUAGGAUUCGUGACAACUUAUAUACGUAAUUAUUAUGACUUCUCAACUUCCCCCCGAAGAACAUUCCAGAUAGGACUUAACAAUACGCAAGGACCAGAGAAAUACACAUGGAAGUGGUCGAAUGGAGCUCAAUUGUCACCGAAUCUUUCCAUACCAUUUUACUUGAAUAAUUAUGAUGGCCAUAUGAGAUCCUGUGCACCUGGACAUUGUGGAGUGCUGAGUGUGAAAAAUCUCACCACAGCAGUGUUUGAUAACUGUUGUCUGAAAGUUUCAUUUCUCUACAUAUGUUCAAAAGACAUUGAGAAAUGAGGUAAUCAUCUUUGAAGUAUAAGGCAGCACUUACCCACUUAAA